UGCCACUCCAGUCCCCUGCUGUCCUGCCCCUCUGCCCGCUGCAGCAUUUCCCCAUGCCUCGGCUAGGCCUGAAACCUCCCCCCGACCCGGGCCGGCCUCUGUCUUGGCCUUGAAACCCCUUCUUGAGCCGUGUGUCUUUCAGCACCUUCAUGUUCUUCCUACUCCAGCAAUCCUGAGUGGCCAACCCCCAACGCUGCCUCUCCCCUGCCACCUCCAGUCCCCACCCUGCCCCGCACCGGUGCAGCAUCUCACUUCAAUCCUUUGGAGCCGGUCCAUGCCGGUUUGGGUUAGUCUGCAAAGCCUCGUGCACACAGCUCAGGGGUCGUGUCGCACGUAGCGUGCGAGUUCCGUAACCAGACACCCCAGUGUGCACCACAAAGCCGGGGCCAGUGCCUCACCUUCCGUUCCCCUGCAAUAAUUCUGGGUCUUCACGCCGCAAAUAGAGCGACCGGCACAGCACCUUCCUCUGCAACGAAGGCAGUGACCGCGGAAAGGCCCCAACGCUGCUCUGAGAAUAGGAGCUGGAGUCAGAGGCUCCCCCCGCCCCCCCGUCUCCCCUUGGCAAAAAUCACGAUCGAGUCGCUACAAGCCUGUGGUCCAACAUGCAGGGGCAGGAUGUGGUCUCAAGCACUUACCCCAAAUAGGAUGAGAUCUUUAACACUGCAAUCAACGGGGAGGUGAGCAAGGACUACUCACGUGAGCAGGGUCAGGUGGUAAAUUUGACGCUGAGCCAGGGCUGCCCAGGGGUGUCCCUGCGCAGGAUCCGGGCCUCGACCCUGCGAUCGGAUCGAAGCUCUUUCCCUGGAGUGUCGAUGUCGUGCUUGUACUUCAGGCGCUGGGUCACACCCACUGUAGUUACACCGAGACGUUCCUUGUUCUUUAUUUGUUUUUCAGCAGCACCUACAAUCGCCCAUCAUGGUGCAGCACCCGCUGGGCUUGGCGUUUUCAGGGCAGAAAUCUUUCUCCAUAAACUAAGGCCUGAUCUAUGGUUCUAAUGUAGGUUGACAUAAAUACAACAUCCAGGGGUGUUCAAAAUCCCCCCCGCCCCUGCAUGACACAGCUCUGCUGACCCAGUCCCCGACAUGCAGACAGCUGGGUCGAUAGAAGAGUGCGUCUGUCGACCUAGCUGCUGUCGCUCAGGGAGGUGCAGGCUGUGUCUAUGCUAUGGGGUUAUGCCGGCCUAGCCACGGUGCGGUAGCCCUGCCGGUAUACUGUAGACACGGCCUAACUUCAAAGCAGAAAUCUUGAUGUUUCUGAAGAGCCUGCAGCUUCCACCGAAGGAGAGAAUUUGUGGUGUGGAGUUCCUCCGCUCACAUUCAAGGAGUUUGUGAACUGGUCAAGUCUAAAAGCCCUGGGGGGUUUCUUUUCCUUUUAUUUAUUUAUGGGGCGGGGGGGGGAAGUAAGCGACAAACAUGUUAAUGUAAUAUUACUGUUAUGCAUUAAACCAGACAAAAUCAGGACGUUAAAGACACAUAAAGGACACAUAACCUUAACUCUGCCCCCAAUCACAUCUGCUUUACAAUACAGUCCUUGCUAAAGAAAUCGCACACUAUUUCUCAGAUAAUAUAAUUCUUUCUUUUCCCCUAACAACUCUAGGGCAGAAACCUGUGAGCAUCUGAUUAAGGACUAUUUGGGGAUGUGUAUACACAAGGGUGGAGGGGGCAGAGUUCAGGUGAUGUCUUCAACCUUUGUUUUCUCAUCUCCUGAUUUUUGGCACAUUUAAAGCUGUCAUGGAACCAGAUGAAAAGGGUCGUGCGUGUGUUUGUCUCCCCGCUGCCUCGGCUAAGCCCUGUUCACUGUGUGUCUUUCGCAAUGGAAAUUGGCAGCAGGAGGUCCCAGCGGCGGAAUCAGAAGGGCCAGAGCUACCGCACAAUGGGAGCCCCAGAAUCGCAGCCGCGCCAGGAUCAGACUUACCUGGAUGAGAAGAUCGCCAUCCCGGAUGUGGGAGGGCCCGGCUUCAGCUUCCGGAAGCUGUGGGCUUUCACCGGCCCCGGAUUCCUCAUGAGCAUUGCCUUUCUGGACCCGGGGAACAUCGAGUCGGACCUGCAGUGCGGGGCCGUCGCUGGGUUCAAGUUGCUGUGGGUGCUGCUCUGGGCCACCAUCCUGGGGCUGCUGUGCCAGCGGCUGGCGAUCAGGCUGGGUGUUGUCACGGGACUGGACCUGGGCGAGGUCUGCUACCAGUACUACCCAAAGGUACCGCGCGUGCUGCUCUGGUUCAUGAUCGAGAUCGCCAUCAUUGGUUCCGACAUGCAGGAGGUGAUCGGGACGGCCAUCGCUUUCAGCCUCCUCUCGGCCGGACGCAUCCCCCUGUGGGGCGGAGUCCUCAUCACCAUCAUCGACACCCUCUUCUUCCUCUUCCUGGAUAAAUACGGUCUCCGGAAGCUGGAAGCCUUUUUCGGUCUCCUGAUCACUAUCAUGGCAGUGACCUUUGGCUACGAGUACGUGGUGGUACGGCCUGCCCAGACGGAGGUGCUGAAGGGCAUAUUCUUCCCCUACUGCCGCGGCUGCGGGCGGGAGGAGCUGCUGCAGGCCGUGGGCAUCGUGGGCGCCAUCAUCAUGCCGCACAACAUCUACCUCCACUCCUCCCUGGUCAAGACCCGCGAAGUGACGCGCUCCCAGAGGCAGGAGGUGAGCGAGGCCAACAAGUACUUCCUGAUCGAGUCCUGCAUCGCCCUCUUCGUCUCCUUCCUCAUCAACCUCUUCGUCAUGGCCGUCUUCGGCCAGGCCUUCUACCACCGCACCAACCAGGACGUGUACAACGUUUGCGCCAACAGCAGCGUCAGCCAGUACGCCCCCAUCUUCCCCAGGAACAACGAGACGGUCUCCGUGGACAUCUACCAAGGGGGCGUCAUUCUGGGCUGUUACUUUGGCUCCGUUGCUCUCUAUAUCUGGGCCAUCGGGAUUCUGGCAGCGGGGCAGAGUUCCACCAUGACCGGGACCUACGCUGGGCAGUUUGUCAUGGAGGGGUUCCUGCAGCUGCGCUGGUCCCGCUUUGCCCGCGUGCUCUUCACCCGCUCCUUCGCCAUCCUCCCCACCGUCUUCAUCGCCGCCUUCAAGGACGUCAGCCACCUGACGGGGAUGAACGACCUGCUCAACGUCCUGCAGAGCAUCCUGCUCCCCUUCGCCGUCCUCCCAGUUCUCACUUUCACCAGCAUGCGGCCGCUCAUGCAGGAGUUCACCAAUGGCGUUGUCGGGAAGGUGCUGAUGAUCCUCAUCACGGGGCUGAUCUGUGCCAUUAACCUCUACUUCGUGGUGAUCUACAUCCCUACGCUGGGCAGCAUCGCCUACUACAUCCCCCUGGCCUUCGUGCUGGCCGGCUACGUGGCCUUCACCGCCUACCUGAUCUGGAUGUGCUGUAUUGCACACGGCGCUGACUUCCUCGCCUGCGGACGCCACAGCCAGUUCUCCUAUGGGCUCCCCUCCACCGACCCCCCAGGCGGGGCAGGGCCCCGAUGACGCGUCGUGCCCUGCCCGCUGGGCACUCGCGCCACAGGACUGGGCUGCCUCUGGGUUUGUCGCCAUCCCAGGAGGGAAGGAAGCCAUCGCCACGCAGUCACCGCUACCGGCAGGGCUGGGGUUCAGGGCUGGGCUCCCCACUCCCCCCAUGGACUGACGGACAUGCAGCAUCCCAGGGCAUCUCCCCUUCUCAGCAAGCGCAGGGCGUGGGGGGACGGCACUGAGCAAUCAGCACCUGUGAUCUCUCUCUCUCUCUCUCUCUCACACACACACACACCCCCGCUGGUGCUCCCCAAUCCUGACCCACAGCCCCCUGCUAUUCUAGUCCUGGUCCCCCCGGAGUGCUGCCGGUGCCCCUCAAUCCCGACCUGCAGCUCUUGUUUAAGGUCCAGAUCCUACAUGUGAAAUAAUGACUCUAAGUUCACACUGAUUGUGGAGGUAACUGAGCCCCCGGGGGAUCCCACUGUGAGUAGCCCUUGCUGGCCGGGGUCGGGGAAUGGGCUGGGAGGGGCCGGAGCUGUGACUGGAGUAAAAGCUGCAGUAUCCCGGAAGGAGAUUCAUGGAGAAGGAGUUCAAGUUGCAGACCCUGCCGGCCACGCACCUCCCCGGGAACGUGCCGCUCUGUGAAUAAACUUGAUUUCAAGAGUUC